CCAUCCUGGAGCACAUAUCCUGUCUCAAAUUCCGACUCUGGACUCCUUGACGCCAAGGCACUCCGAAUUGUUGCAAGCCCCUACUCUGGAGUGCACACCAGGACUGGAUCCAGGUCUAGAUCCCUCUACUCAGCCUGGGUCCACACAUUCAACAGAGAAAUCAGAGAGUGAGCAGUAACACGGAGGUGCUGCGGUUGGAGGGAUAGCCAGACGGGCCAAUGGGAUCAGGGAAGCUGGCUCAGGUGCUGCUGGGAUGGGCGGCGGUGUGUCUUGCGGCGGUCCAUGUGGCAUGUGGUCAAACUGGGAAUGGGCCGUACCAAGCUAGCCGCUUCACCGGCACUGUGGACCAGAGAGAGGUGCAGCGGGUUCGACGCCGUGGCCAGGAAACACUGAGAGGACCCAAUGUGUGUGGCUCUCGCUUCCAUUCAUACUGCUGUCCAGGCUGGAAGACUCUGCCGGGAGGCAACCAGUGUAUUGUUCCAAUUUGCAGGAAUUCGUGUGGCGAUGGCUUCUGUUCCAGACCCAACAUGUGUACCUGCUCGAAUGGCCAGCUCUCUCCCAGCUGUGGAGCAGGAGCAGGAGUUCAGUCCUGUAACGUCAGGUGUAUGAAUGGAGGCAGCUGCGCAGAGGACUCAUGCUCCUGCCCGAAGGGCUACACAGGCAGCCACUGUGGACAGCCUGUGUGUGAGAAUGGCUGCCAGAACGGUGGGCGCUGCAUUGGGCCCAACAGAUGUGCCUGUGUCUACGGUUUCACUGGUCCGCAGUGCGAGAGAGACUACCGGACUGGGCCAUGUUUCACCCAGGUGAACAACCAGAUGUGUCAGGGCCAGCUCAGUGGAAUCGUCUGCACCAAAACCCUCUGCUGCGCGACCAUUGGCCGAGCAUGGGGCCACCCCUGUGAGCAGUGCCCUGCCCAGCCACACCCCUGCAGACGAGGCUUCAUCCCCAACAUCCGCACAGGAGCCUGCCAAGAUGUAGACGAGUGUCAGGCAGUGCCAGGUCUGUGUGCCGGAGGUAACUGCAUCAACACUGUGGGAUCUUACGAAUGUAAAUGCCCUGCCGGUCAUCGUCAGAGCGAAACCAGCCACAAAUGUGAAGAUAUUGACGAAUGCAGCACCAUCCCUGGUGUUUGUGAUGGAGGAGAAUGCACCAACACUGCUGGUAGCUACGUCUGCACCUGUCCGCGAGGCUACAUCUCCAGCACAGAUGGCUCCAGAUGUGUGGACCAGCGUGUGGGCACCUGUUUCUCUGCUCUGGCUAAUGGCCGCUGUGCUGCGGAGCUGAGCGGUCAAUACACCAAGAUGCAGUGUUGCUGUGACACGGGACGCUGCUGGGCUUUGGGACAGAUCCCUGAGAUGUGCCCAGUCAGGGGUUCUGACGAGUUCAGGCGUCUGUGUAUUGUGGGCGUUCCCCAGGGACACGGUCUCCCUCAUGGUUACCCCAACGGACACUUCCCCAGCAACGGCAAUGGUUUCAACUACGGUCACAAGUUCCCCGGUGUACCCAACGGUAAUGGUAACGGAGGCAUCGGUGGCAACGGUGGAGGAGGCUUUGGAGGCAAUGGAGGAGGACCUCUGACUCACCAGCACAUAGGCACUGUUUCUGUGAACGACUCCAUUGAUGUAUGCAAACAUUUUACCAACCUCUGCCUUAAUGGACGCUGCAUUCCCACACCCACAAGCUACCGCUGUGAAUGCAACAUGGGCUACAGACAGGAUGUUCGUGGGGAGUGUAUCGAUGUGGAAGAGUGUGUGAGUAAUCCAUGUAUCAAUGGAGACUGUGUCAACACAGCUGGAUCGUACCACUGCAAGUGCCACGAGGGCUACCUGGGAACACCUACCAAACAAGCCUGUAUUGAUAUCGAUGAGUGUAUUGUGAAUGGAGUGAUGUGUCGCAAUGGCCGCUGUGUCAACACGGAGGGAAGCUUUCAGUGUAUCUGCAAUGCUGGCUUUGAGCUCACUCCUGAUGGGAAGAACUGCAUUGAUCACGAUGAAUGUGCCACCACCAACAUGUGUCUCAACGGCAUGUGCAUCAACGAGGACGGCAGCUUUAAGUGUAUCUGCAAGCCUGGUUUUGCACUAGCACCUAACGGACGCUACUGUACUGACAUCGAUGAGUGUCAGACACCCGGCAUUUGCAUGAACGGCCGCUGCAUCAACUCUGAGGGCUCCUUCCGCUGCGAGUGCCCACCAGGCCUGGCUAUUGACGUAGAUGGGAGAGUGUGUGUGGACACACACAUGAGGACCACCUGCUACGGCGCCAUAAAGAUGGGCACAUGCUCGCGUCCGUUCCCUGGUGCAGUGACCAAGUCUGAGUGCUGCUGUGCCAAUCCUGAACAUGGCUUUGGAGAGCCUUGCCAACCCUGCCCCUCCAGAAACUCAGCUGAGUUCCAGGCUGUGUGCAGCAGUGGCAUUGGCAUCACAGCUGAUGGCAGGGACAUCAACGAGUGUGCCCUGGACCCGGACAUUUGUCAGAACGGCAUUUGUGAGAACCUGAGAGGAAGCUACCGCUGUAUCUGUAACAUCGGCUAUGAGUCUGACACCAGUGGCAAGAACUGCGUUGACAUCAAUGAGUGUCUGGUGAACCGUCUGCUCUGUGACAACGGCCUCUGCAGAAACACUCCUGGCUCCUACACCUGCUCCUGCCCUAAAGGAUUUGUCUUCAAACCUGACUCAGAGACGUGCGAAGAUAUCAACGAAUGUGAGUCCAGCCCCUGCAUCAAUGGAGCGUGUCGCAACGUGGCCGGGUCCUUCAACUGUGAAUGCACCCACGGCAGCAAGCUGGACUCCACCAACACCAUCUGCGUGGAUAGUAUGAAGAGUACGUGCUGGCUGACAAAACAGGACAACCGCUGUGAAGUCAACAUCAACGGAGCCACACUAAAGUCUGAGUGCUGCUCCACACUGGGAGCCGCUUGGGGCAGCCCCUGUGAACCCUGCGAGAUCGACACCGCCUGUUCUCGAGGAUUUGCUCGUAUGAAGGGCCUUGUCUGUGAAGACAUUAAUGAGUGUGAGGUGUUCCCUGGAGUGUGUACAAACGGCCGCUGUGUGAACACCCAGGGCUCAUUCCGCUGCGAGUGUGCUGAGGGUCUCACCUUGGACAGUACUGGACGCACAUGUGUGGAUAUGCGCAGUGAGCAGUGCUACCUGAAGUGGCAUGAGGAUGAGUGUGGCGCGCCACUGCCAGGGAGAUAUCGCGUGGACAUGUGCUGCUGUUCAGUGGGUGCUGCCUGGGGUAUUGACUGUGAGGAGUGUCCCAAACCAGACACACCUGAGUACAAAGCCGUCUGCCCCAGAGGGCCUGGCUUCGCCAACAGAGGAGAUAUUCUUACCGGCAGGGCGUUCUACAAAGAUGUGAACGAGUGUAAGGUGUUCCAGGGUCUGUGCACUUACGGUACUUGCCGAAAUACCAUCGGCAGUUUCAAGUGUCGCUGCAACAACGGCUUCGCUCUGACGGCUGAAGAGAGGAACUGCACAGACAUUGAUGAGUGCCGCAUCUCCCCCGACUUGUGCGGUCAUGGUACCUGCGUCAACACACCCGGCAGCUUUGAGUGCGAGUGCUUCGAGGGCUACGAGAGCGGCUUCAUGAUGAUGAAGAACUGCAUGGACAUUGACGAGUGUGAGAGAAACCCCCUGUUGUGUCGUGGAGGAACCUGUCUGAACACAGAGGGGAGUUAUGAGUGUGAAUGUCCCACCGGACACUCGCUCAGCACCGACGGCUCUGCCUGUGAAGAUGUGAAUGAGUGCCAGCUGAGUGACAACUUGUGCAAGAACGGCCAGUGUGUCAACAUGCCAGGAACCUACCAGUGCACCUGUGACACUGGUUACCAGGCCACACCAGACCGACAGGGCUGCGUUGAUAUUGAUGAAUGCACCAUUAUGAACGGAGGCUGUGAGACCCACUGCACCAACUCGGAGGGAAGCUACGAGUGCAGCUGCAGUGAGGGCUACGCUCUCAUGCCUGAUCUCAGGACCUGUGCAGAUAUUGAUGAGUGUGAGGAGACACCUGACAUCUGUGAUGGAGGCCAGUGUACCAACAUUCCCGGGGAAUAUCGCUGUCUGUGUUACGAUGGCUUCAUGGCGUCCAUGGACAUGAGGACCUGUAUCGAUGUGAACGAGUGUGAUUUGAACCCAAACAUCUGUCUCCACGGCGACUGUGAGAACACCAAAGGCUCCUUCAUCUGCCACUGUCAGCUGGGAUACUUUGUCAAGAAGGGAUCCACGGGCUGCACAGAUAUUGAUGAGUGUGAGAUCGGGGCUCAUAACUGCGACAUGCAUGCUGCCUGCAUCAAUGUUCCUGGAAGCUUUAAAUGUCGCUGUCGAGACGGCUGGGCGGGCGACGGCAUCAAGUGUGUGGAUCAGGAUGAGUGCUCUGCAGAGGAUCACAACUGUAACCCCAACGCGGACUGUGUCAACACACCAGGAUCCUACAGGUGUACAUGCAAAGAGGGCUUUAAUGGAGACGGCUUUUCAUGCUCUGACAUGGAUGAGUGUGCAGACAACGUGAACCUGUGUGAGAACGGCCAGUGUCUGAACGCUCCGGGCGGCUACCGCUGCGAGUGUGAGAUGGGCUUCACGCCUACAGAAGACAGCAAAGCCUGUCAAGACAUUGAUGAGUGUAAUUUCCAGAACAUCUGUGUGUUUGGAACGUGCCAGAACCUUCCAGGGAUGUUCCGCUGUGUGUGUGAUGAUGGUUACGAACUGGACCGCAGCGGCGGAAACUGCACUGACAUCAACGAGUGUGCGGACCCCGUGAACUGCAUCAACGGCCUGUGUGUGAACACUCCAGGGAGCUACCUGUGUAACUGCCCAGCUGACUUUGAGCUCAACCCCACUGGAGUGGGCUGUGUGGACACCCGUGUUGGCAACUGCUUCCUGGAUGUCCUUGCACGUGGUGAUGGAGGAAUCUCCUGCAGUGCCGAGAUUGGAGUCGGAGUGACCCGAGCGUCCUGUUGCUGCUCCCUGGGAGGAGCCUGGGGAAACCCCUGUGAACUGUGCCCCGCCCCCAACUCCACGGAGUAUAAGACUCUUUGUCCCGGAGGAGAGGGAUUCAGACCCAACCCCAUCACUGUCAUCCUGGAAGAUAUCGAUGAGUGCCAGGAGCUGCCAGGUCUCUGCCAGGGUGGAAACUGUGUCAACACCUUUGGCAGUUUCCAGUGUGAGUGUCCAGCAGGCUACUAUCUCAAUGAGGAGACUCGCAUCUGUGAGGAUAUUGAUGAGUGCACAACUCACAUUGGGAUCUGCGGACCUGGUACCUGCUACAACACUCUGGGCAACUACACCUGCGUGUGUCCACCUGAGUACAUGCAAGUGAAUGGAGGAAACAACUGCAUGGACAUGAGGAAGAGUGUGUGCUACCGUAACUUCAAUGACACAUGUGAGAACGAACUGUCCUUCAACAUGACCAAGAAGAUGUGCUGCUGCGCUUACAAUGUGGGAAAGGCCUGGAAUAAGCCAUGCGAGGCCUGUCCUACUCCCGCUACCUCUGAGUACCAGUUACUGUGUGGUAACCAGGCUCCUGGCUUCAUCAUUGACAUCCACACUGGCAAGCCGAUUGACAUUGAUGAGUGUAGGGAGAUCCCGGGUAUCUGUGCCAAUGGAGUGUGUAUAAACCAGAUCGGGAGCUUCCGCUGUGAAUGUCCCAUGGGCUUCAGCUACAACAACAUACUGCUCAUAUGUGAAGAUAUUGAUGAGUGUAACAGUGGGGACAACCUGUGCCAACGUAACGCCAACUGUAUCAAUAUUCCCGGCAGCUACCGCUGCGAGUGCUCGCCAGGCUUCAAACUGUCUCCCAGCGGGGCCUGUUUGGACCGUAAUGAAUGCCAGGAGAUUCCAAAUGUGUGCAGCCAUGGAGAGUGUAUUGACACACAGGGCAGUUAUCGUUGCAUUUGCCACAAUGGUUUCAAAGCUACUGCUGACCUGACCAUGUGCAUGGACGUCGAUGAGUGUGACCGACAGCCGUGCGGCAACGGAACCUGCAAAAAUACAGUAGGAUCCUACAACUGUCUCUGCUUCCCCGGGUUCGAACUCACACACAACAACGACUGCAUGGACAUAGAUGAGUGCAGUGCCCUCCAGGGCCAAGUGUGCAGGAACGGACAGUGUAUCAAUGGACUUGGUUCCUUCCAGUGUUUCUGCCACGAGGGUUAUGAGAAUACUCCAGAUGGGAAGAACUGUGCCGAUAUCAACGAGUGUGUGAGUCUGCCCGGCACUUGCUCUCCAGGAACGUGUCAGAAUCUGGAUGGAUCCUUCAGAUGUAUCUGCCCUCCUGGAUAUGAGGUGCAAAAUGACCAGUGUAUAGAUAUCAACGAGUGUGAGGAGACCAACAUCUGCCAGUUUGGCACCUGCACCAACACCCCAGGCAGCUUCCAGUGCUCAUGCCAGCCGGGCUUCGUUCUCUCUGACAACAAACGGCGCUGCUACGAUACCAGAGAGAGCUUCUGUUUCACCAAGUUCGACGCAGGGAAAUGCUCCGUCCCCAAAGCCUUCAACACCACCAAGGCCAAGUGCUGCUGCAGCAAGAUGCCUGGAGAGGGCUGGGGACUCCCCUGUGAGCUGUGCCCACGAGAGAGCGAUGCUGCUUUUAACACUCUGUGUCCUUUCGGCCACGGAGCCCUGCCUGGACUGAGUGACGCUCGUGAAGAUAUGAAUGAGUGUCUGGAUAACCCGGGCAUCUGCCAGAAUGGUAUUUGCAUCAACACAGAUGGUUCGUUCCGAUGUGAAUGCCCCUUCGGAUACAACCUGGAUUACACUGGAGUCAACUGCAUUGACACUGAUGAGUGCUCCAUCGGAAACCCAUGUGGAAAUGGAACCUGCACCAACGUGGUGGGAGGUUUCGAGUGUUCAUGCCAGGAAGGCUUCGAACCCGGACCCAUGAUGACUUGUGAAGAUAUCAAUGAGUGCUCCCAGAAUCCCCUGCUUUGUGCCUUCCGUUGUGUCAACACCUUCGGCUCCUACGAGUGCAUGUGUCCCGCUGGCUAUGUGCUGCGAGACGACCAACGCAUGUGCAGAGACCAGGACGAGUGUUCGGAGGGUCUUGAUGACUGUGACUCCAAGGGCAUGACCUGUAAAAACCUAAUCGGUACCUUCAUGUGUAUCUGCCCUCCCGGCAUGCAGCGCCGACCAGACGGAGAGGGAUGUAUGGACCUGAACGAGUGUCGCGCCAAGCCUGGCAUCUGUAAGAAUGGGCGCUGUGUCAACACGGUGGGAAGUUACCGCUGCGAGUGCAACGACGGCUUUGAGCCGAGCUCCACUGGAACUGAAUGUAUUGACAACCGAAAGGGCUUCUGUUACAGUGAGGUUUUGCAGACCAUGUGCCAGCAGUCGUCCACCAACAGGAACAGUGUGACCAAGUCUGAGUGCUGCUGUAACACGGGCCGAGGCUGGGGGUCACAGUGUGAGCUCUGCCCACUGCCUGGCACCGUUCAGUACAAGAAGAUGUGCCCGCUCGGACCCGGCUACACCACCGACGGAAGAGACAUCAACGAGUGCCAGGUGAUGCCAGAUCUGUGCCGAAAUGGUCAGUGCAUCAACACCAUUGGAUCCUUCCGCUGCCACUGUAAUGUGGGAUACAAAACUGACUUCACCGCAACCUCCUGCGUUGAUAUGGAUGAGUGCGCUCUGUCUCCGAAGCCCUGUAACUUCCUGUGUAAAAACACUGAGGGCAGCUACCUGUGCUCCUGCCCCAGAGGAUACAGCUUACAGCCUGAUGGAAAGACCUGCAAAGAUCUGGACGAGUGUUCAACCAAGCAGCAUAACUGCCAGUUCCUCUGUGUCAACACUAUUGGCGGCUUUACUUGCAAGUGUCCUCCCGGCUUCACCCAGCACCAGACCGCCUGCAUCGACAACAACGAGUGUACGGGUCAGAACAGCGCGUGCGGUUCAAGGGCCUCUUGUGUCAACACGCCCGGCAGCUUCAACUGUGAAUGCUCGAAAGGUUUCUCCUUGGACACCACAGGCAUCGAGUGCGAGGACGUGGAUGAAUGCAGCAGCAACCACCGCUGUCAGCACGGCUGUCAGAACAUGCUGGGAGGUUACCGCUGUGGCUGUCCUCAGGGCUACGUGCAGCACUACCAGUGGAACCAGUGUGUGGAUGAAAACGAGUGUCAGGCAGGAACGGUGUGUGGCUCUGCCUCCUGCUACAACACACUGGGCAGCUUCAAGUGUGUGUGUCCCUCUGGCUUUGACUUUGAGCAGGGCGCUGGCGGCUGCCAAGAUGUGAAUGAAUGUUCCACAGGCACCAAUCCAUGUAUCUACGGCUGCUCCAAUACCGAUGGAGGCUACCUGUGUGGCUGUCCUGGAGGUUUCUACAGAGCUGGACAGGGUCACUGUAUGACAGGCUCGGGUUUCCCAGGCCAGUUUGCGGAGGGUGAGGACGAUGACAGUCUGUCUCCUGAGGCCUGCUACGAGUGUAAGAUCAACGGAGGAGGAAAGAGUGGACGACACAGACGCAACACUGAUGGAAAUGAGCUAAACCGGGAGCCAGCAGUGAGCAUGGCCAGCAUGGACACCCAGGCCUCCAUCCCCAUGAACAUCUCCCUGGCUUCACUGCUCAACAAGGAGCCUCUACUAGAGCUCCUUCCCGCCCUGCAGCCCCUGGAGCACCACGUACGCUACGUCAUCACCCACGGCAACGCUAAUGAACACUUCCGCCUGCUGGAACGCCGCGACGGAAAGAGCGUGCUCCGACUCGGCAAGAGGCCGCCUCCUGCAGGAUCCUACCGGCUGGAGAUCGCCAGCCUGCGGCUGUUUGGGCCCCGGAGACUAUCCCAGCUGGAGGAGCAGCAUGACAGUGACUACCUACAAGGGGAAAUAGGAGACGCCCUGCGCAUCAAGCUCCACAUCCACCUGCACUGAGCUCAGAGUGAUCUCGUAAUCCUGCCCUGGACUGAUUCCUAAAGCCUUUGAGUUUUAACCUGCCCUUUUAUCCAAUAACUCCUCUUCCCAGCUGCCCCCUGCAGGAACAUCCCCACCAGCAGGGGGUAAUCAAUCAAGGGCUUUGAAAGACUGAGUCAAUCAGCCCAACUCUACCACCACUUUGUUACUGUUCAUGUUAUUAUAUGUUCAUGUUUUGUGUUUUUUUUUUUUUUUCCUUUUUUUUUUUU